AUGGAGAAAAUUGUGCAGAAUUACCUUUUGUUAUUUUUACUUGGUCUUGGGGCCGUGGUAACCUUUCAAAACACUUUUCUUUCCAUAAAAAAAUCUUUCGCUCGGAAUUAUGGGAAAACAUCAGAUAUACUUCGAAUUAUUUGCAAUUUCGGAAAUUUGAGUAGAUUCUUACUUUCAAUCGGAUAUUUCAUGACUCCGUCGGACGUAACUUCUACAUCUUGUAAAGCGUUGGGAUAUAUGUACUUAAUUUCAUAUCAUCUAUUGCGUGAAUCUUUCUUCGCUUUCAUGUUAUGGACCCUUUACCGAAUGUCUUCCGAGAGAAAGGAUCUUUGGAUUGGUGUCACGUUCCUCCUAAUACAGACUUCAUUGCUCAUUCCAACUUUGAUAUUCGUUCAACCUGUAUCAAUCCUGAUGACUUCCCCCAAUCAAGAUAAUCAAGUUCAAACGAAACAAUGUGAUUUAUUACUUACAAAUCAAACCCUUAUGAAGCUAGAAUUGCCAAAGACGAUCCUAGAGAUGACGAUGGUAAUUUACGUGAUAUUUCAACUCAUCUACCUAAAAUUGUAUCGAAAUCGUCGCGUUGCUGUGGAAACUCCAACAACAUGUGAGACAACAACAAACAACACCGUUACUUCAACGACCACAACACCAAAUGUACUGUCCGCACGACGUCCAUUAAAAUCAUCUACGCUACAAAUUCAACUUUAA